UAUGAUGAGAACCAACCAACCCCAGCAACCCACUUAUUCUGUUUACUCAGUUAUUGCUCCUGAAAAAAGAGAGAUGUAACUAAAACCCUGCCAGGCAUUUCCACUUGGUUUUUAAAGAGCCUUCUAAUUUAGGGACCCUUUUUUAGCUAAUUAUGAAACCUUUCAUUGUACUAGCACUCUGUUGUAGUUUUUUCUCUAUCAGAGCCAACCCUAUUCCAUUUGAGUUUUCGGACUGUGAUGACCCUGAUGUCUUUAAAGCUGUCGACACAGCACUGAAGAAAUACAAUGGAGACGGAGCAACUGGUAAUCAAUUUGCUCUAUACAUGGUGAUGGAAGCCAAGAGAACUGCAGGUCCUGACUCACAAUUCUACGUGAAAUACCGAAUACGAGAAACCACUUGUGCCACUGACGAAGACAAACUCUGGCAAGAUUGUGAUUACAAAGCAGGUGCAGAGACUAAAACAGGAGAAUGCACAGCUCGAGUUCACAUGAAUAAUAUUGAAAAAACAAGUAAUGUUUCACAAGACUGCAAGAUAUUUCCAGCUGCACCAAAGGUGAUGUUUACUAAGGCUCUAUGUCUCGGAUGCUUCCAACCUAUAUCAAGUGAUGAUUCACAAGUCUCAGAAAUUCUGAAACAAGCCAUUCAGAAAUUUAACAAGCACAGUGAUGAAUCUGUCCUUUUUAAGCUUGUGGAAGUAAAAGAAGCUCAGAGACAGGUAGUAGCUGGAUGGAAUUACAAAAUUAAAUAUGAAAUCAAGGAGACUAAUUGCUCCAAAGACCAAUUUCAAGAUUUAGCUCCAGAGUGCAAAACCACUUCUACAGCUCGUGUAGGUAAAUGUGAUGCCAAAGCAUAUGAAAAUCUUCAGGGAGAGCUCAUAGAUAUGGCACACGAAUGCAAGUUUCCAGUUGAAGAGACAGUCGUUCCUGUGAGACUCGUUGGCUGUCCAAAGAAUAUCCCAAAAGACAGUCCAGAACUGAAGGAACUACUGAAGGUUUCUAUGGAGAAAUAUAACUGGGAGAGCAACGAUGAUUUCUAUUAUAAAGGUGGAGAAAUAACAAAAGCUACAGUUCAGGCCGUUGCAGGAAAAAAGUACCAUCUAACUUUUUCAAUCCAGAAGACAAACUGCUCAAAGGAAGAAUUUGAACAACUAAAUGAAGACUGUGAAGCCACAGCAGACAGUGUACCAUUGCCAUGUGAAGCAAGAAUUCAUGUGAUCUCAUGGGAGAAUAAAAUCUUUCCCGAGAUUAACUGCUCUAUAGAGCGCUCAGCGAGUUUAUUGCUAAGAAGGCCUCCUGGAUUCACACCUUUCCGAAUGGCUCUUGUUCAAGAGGAGACAAAUGAAAUUUCAUGCUCUGACCAAAAUGAAGAAGAAAGUCAAACACCUGGUGAAGAAACAAGAAAAGAUGGUGGACAGGAACCAGAAGAUCACCCAGAGUCUCCUGCUCCGAGAUGUCCUGGAAAACCAUGGAAACAAAUUAUGGAUGUUCCAGCUUCUCAUAGCUUUUCCAGAGAAUUCACAAAUGAGGAUCUCUUACCUUCUGCAACGGAAAACUCAGCUCCUCCCCAAAAUGAAGAGAAAGACUUUGAUCUCCUAGAUGCUUUACUAUAAUUCAAAUUUUGUAGGAUCCUUUUCAGAAGUUAAACAUAGGAAAAUAAAAAAAAUACUGCCUAUUGAAAUUCAUAAUAUAUGAAGAGGCAGAAGUUCCUAUUCUGUUAGCUAAAAUGUUCUAAGUAGCUAAAAAGUUCUAGCGUAACAGCAGUGCAGCUGUGGAACUGAGAUCAUACAGCAAUACUCUCUUUUGCAUAUAUUUGCAAAGAUGUAAAUUAGGCAAUGGCAAAUUGUCUUCUGCUGUUAAAGUUAAAAUUGAAGCUCAUCUGCUAGAAGCAGAUGCUCUCAAGCUGCUAUAAGCACAAAGUGAAUCACUGCAUUAAAUUUCACUGUAUGAAAUUAAAAACAAUGGCAAAAAAUUUCACAGAUUACAUGAAGAAUCUCAACAAAAUAUGAGUAAGACAAAGGCAAGCCUAGAAUCUAUAGCAAGGUUGCCUUUCUUAGUAUGUGAAAUAAUAUUUCUCUAAUUUACUGGAACGAAUCUUUAAAGAAGAAAAUAAAAUAAAUGAACCUGGUUUACC